GGAAACUACGCUUAAUGAAAUUUCACAUCAGAAUUUCAAACAACCUGUGUCUGUCUGUUUGAACAGCUGAUAUAUUGUGGUUUAGUCAUACUUUCUCUGGUUCAAGUAAGCAUCAAGUAAUGUUUUCCAAGUAACGGAGCCUGUGCAGCUGUGACUACAAAUGGUUAUAUUUGUUUUCCUGAAUAAACAUCCUGUUCACAACGAAAUAAAACCACAACCUUCUAAAAUACAUGCUCAUUUUUGAUUGAGUUUAUGCGCAUAGAAGUAUUUCAAAGACUCAGCUUUGUUCUUGCUGUAAUUCAAAGUGUACAACUACUCGUACAGGUUUCGAAUUACUGACCAGUGCAUCAAGAUUUGCUCACAAAAACUAUCAUCAUGAGGAUAAACGUCGUUGGGUUUUUUCUGGCUAGCUUUAUGCUAGAGAUUGCUACUGCUACUAAAGAAGACGAAAGAGCAGCCACGUGCUUGCUAUAUACAACUGAAAAUGAAGCUGUUAAGAAGAUGGUAAAAACGUGCGAGAGUCUUAUACCAGAGGCUCAAUUCAAGGAAUGGGACAAAUGUAAAAUGAAACAUUUAUCUGGCAACAAGGAUGACGAACUGGCUUUUAAAGAGAUGUGUGCAGAAACUCCAACUGAAAUAGGCAAAUCACUGUGGUAUUGUAUGAAAAGUAAAGAAGAUAAGAGUCAAAAGACAAGUAAGACUGACGAAAGUACUAAACAAGAAAUUGAACAGUGUUACGGUGAAGCCUUCAAUUUGUUGUUUCAAUAGAUCGAGGAUGACCUUGAUAUUCACUAAAUGAACACGUCUUUCUUUGCAAUGGUUUACAUCUGUCUCUCUUUUUUUAUUUGUAUAUUUUAUCAAUAAAAUAUUUCACCUACGCAAUACUCUCUGUAUAUUU